UUGUUUAAAUUAUUUUAACAGAUACUCAAGAGGGUGGUAGCAGUAGAAGACACGGUACCUCCAUGGUGAGUUCAGCUUCUAUGAGUAUUCUGCACAGCUCUUCACUUCAUGACUAUACCCCUGUCAGUCGCUCUGAAAACCAGGAUUCUCUUCAGGCUCUUAGUUCUUUGGAUGAAGAUGACCCAAACAUCCUGCUUGCUAUUCAAUUAUCAUUGCAAGAAUCUGGCCUGGCUAUUGAUGAAGAAACUAGAGACUUCCUUAAUAAUGAGGCAUCAUUAGGAGCAAUAGGUACAUCUUUGCCUACAAGGUUGGACUCAGUUCCUGUAAAUAUAGAUAACCCUAGGGCUGCUUUGAGCAGCUCUGAGUUGUUAGAACUUGGUGAUAGUUUGAUGAGACUAGGGGCGGGCAAUGAUCCAUUUUCAGCUGAUCGCCUUAGCUCACACCCUUUCAGUGAUACAAGAAGUGGAUUAUACUCAACAUCUAGUGAUGCCGAUUCAAGUAGCCAGGAUCCCAACAUUAAUGAAAAUCUGCUUGGAAAUAUCAUGGCCUGGUUCCAUGACAUGAACCCUCAAAGUAUUGCACUAAUUCCUUCAGCAAGUACAGAAACUGAUGAGGAUUCACAGCAACAUAGUAUCGAUGAUGGGUCAGGAGGACAAGCAAAUCUUAUAGAGGUAGGACUGGAGCCUCAGGAAGAGCAUGCACUUUUUGAGGAUGCCAUCAGAAAUGAAGGCAGAGGAACCCAAACAGAAGCGAGUAUUUCUGAAGAAAACAUAAUUCCAGGGGAUAGACUGCCACAAAGUGGUGACUGUACCGGGGAAGCUAUUAGCAGUGUGGAUACUUCAGAAGAGGUUUCAAGUCAAACUCCUCAGACCUCAAAUGAAUGGAUUGAGCAUGUACAUUUGGUAUGAACACAAAGUAGUUUUUGAGCUUAAAUGGAUGGUAGUUACAAAUGGUACAGUAUGUGGAGUAAGCAUUAUGGGGACUUUGAUCCACAUACUUACAGCUCAAAUGUAAACCACUGACAUAAUGAUGGAAUACAUAGGCGUUCCCUGGAAUUGAAGUUCUUUAGACUAAUAAUAUGAACCUUUCAAGGAAUAUCCUUUGCAUUUAAUUAGGUAGUGUUUGCCUUUUUCGCUCUGAAGGAGGAGGAAUAAGUAGGUUGUACUCCACAUUCCUAAUACAUUGCAGCAUCUGUUUAGCCUUACGUUGGUGAUCCUUAAUUUGAAAGUAUGGAUUAAAGGCUUACACUGAUUAUUUUCGUUAUUUAGCCUCAAAUAGUUUUUUCCAUUUUUAGAACUCAAUCUUUCAGCAAAAUAACAUUUAGCAGUUCAUUUACAUUUUGUUUUUGCUUUUCCAUAACUUUUUCCUUAUUUAUCUUUCAUUUUUUACUAGAGUGAAUUGAGGUAUUUAAUGCUUCUCUUUAGUGCUGCUCUAGGAACAAGGAAAUGGAUAUUCUUUUAAUAUUAAAAUUAAAGAUUUUUUCCAUGUCUAUUUACAGUCCAAAUGUGCCAAACUGUGAAUAGCUAAUUAACUUUAACCCAAUACAACAGGUGCACAAUGUGCCUGUAUCAAAGUAAUCCCCAUGAUUCUUAGCAGUGAACCACUGGGUAGCAUUUCUUCUCUAAAUUAAAUGGCAUUUAUUGCCAUGGUGACUGCAUUUAAUUAAAUGUAGCCUGUACCUUAAGUUAAUUAAACCUAAUGCUGCUGUGAAACAGUUGUUUUAAAUAUUAAAAUACAGUUUAUUAGCAACAGCUAUGCUGUAUUUGAGACACUUUAAUGGAAGUGCAAUCAUAGUUCUUUUUCAUAAUUUUACAAUGCAUUUAUGCACUAAUGGUGCAGUUAAUUUCAAUGGAAACAUUUUAUAAAAUAUAGAAAUAUGAAAUUUUCAUAUUAUUGCCAGUCCCACAAUUAUUAAAGUUCAAUAAUCCAUUCUGCGCAACACGUUACCGUGCCUUUGCCAUAACCCAAAUGGAUAGUUGCCACAGUUAAAUAAGUAAUUCAGAUUCAGUGUCUGUUCUGGAGUAACUAUGCUAUUAAUUGAAAAGACCUCCAUAAAACCACCCAUGGCCUUGCCUUUACAGUAAACAAUGACUAAAGGUUCAGUCAGUGUUUUUGCAUAAAUAACAAACACUGCUAGAUAUUUGUUCAAUUGCACAAUAUUCACUUGCUGUUUGAUUACUGUUUAGUAGAAAAACGAAACAAAAAAAAGACCCUUUCUAGUUGUUGUUCUGUGAAGAAAAUAUUGGUUUUAGAUUUGCUUAAAAGCAUCAAAAAUUAGUUAGUGGUAAGUGAGAUACAAUGGUACAGUAUGUAAUUACAACUAGAGUAAAUUGUUGAAUGCUGUUUUACUUGCAUAUAGUCAAAACCUGUCAUAAUAUAAGGAAAAUCAAUACACAACACUCCAUUGUAAGAUUUGCUUGACUGUUAGAUUUGUUGAUAUAAAAGUUUUUCAAUACCGAGCCUGUAUAGGCAAGUAUGAUGGCAAACAAAGAGAUAUAUAUAGAUAUAUAGAUAGAUAUAGAGAUUACUGUGAGUGUUUUGGUAAAUAUUUCAUUCAAAUCCUACUUCUGGAACUUUGUAGUCACAAGGUUCAUAUUAGUAAGGAGUUAUAUAUGAAUAUUUUAAUCUCAGCUGCCACACAAAAAUCUUUUUCUCUCUAGCAAUGUCUUUAGAGAGAAUGGUUUGAGGCUGUUACUAUGCUCUAUAAUUCCAUUACAUUUUCUAACUUUACCUCUAGGUAAAAACAUUCUCAAAAACAUUGAUGUUGAACCCUUUGUCAUCUUUGGAAAAUACCUGUUUUAAAAUGUUCUAGGCUAUAAAAUACUAUAAUCUAAAAUAGUUCUUUAAAGACUGUCAUCAUGAAUUGGUCCAAAACUUAAAAAUGUUUGACUCACAUAGCGUCCUUGAGUUGUAAUUUCUGAAUAGAAAGAUUCUCACAAAGAUUGUGUAUUGCAUUGAGAUGUGUCUUGCAAAGCUACAGUAAGAUAUGUAAGAGUGCUCUGUGAAGAUAGUGAAGUUUGUGGGUUCUGGUUUUUCUGUACUUUGUUUAGGUUGUGCAGUAUAUCCACUGUUUCUGUGUUACUCUAUUCCGAGCAUGAAAAUGAGCAUAUUAAAUUUGUAUUUUCUUAGUACUUAUUUUAAAAAUCACCAGUCAUUCACUUUACAAUUCAGAAAUAAAGUUUGGCAAGCCUAUUUUGUAAACCUAUUGAUUUUAUAAUGU